UGGUGAAAGUUUCAGAUCUGUGGAUGAUCAGCAUCUAUCAUGGCUUACCAACUGUAUAGAAACACCACCCUGGGAAACAGUCUUCAAGAAAGCCUGGAUGAGCUCAUUCAGUCUCAGCAGAUCACUCCCCAGCUCGCUCUUCAAGUCCUCCUACAGUUUGACAAAGCUAUCAAUGCUGCAUUAGCACAGCGGGUCAGAAACAGAGUCAAUUUCAGGGGCUCUCUGAAUACGUACAGGUUUUGCGACAAUGUUUGGACCUUCGUACUGAACGAUGUGGAAUUCAGAGAGGUCACCGAGGUGGUGAAAGUGGAUAAAGUUAAAAUCGUGGCCUGCGAUGGGAAAAAUACGGGUUCGAAUGCUGCGGAGUGAAGGGGGAUUGGGGCCUCUGAGCCCACGCGGAUGUGAUGGGCAGGGCUUCCCGGGGAGCAGACUGGACAAAGAAAGACUCUGUCGGGAGUUGUUUUAAUAAUGUAGGCAAAGCUCACUUUUUCUGGAAGGCCUUGUGGAACUAUCUUAGCAAGGUCCCAUAAGGCACCUCCGGGCGUUGGGUCGGUGAUGAAGAUAAGCAAGCUUGCUUUUUUUAA